AUGGGAUACGCCAGUCGCGCCAGUCAACCUCUCCAUGCAUCAUCAAUGCAUCGACAGAAAUUACUGGAACAGCCUCGGUCAAUCUCAAUUCUGUCCCGACGGCAGCACGAUUCAUCCAACAUCAAGCAGUUUCCCAACCUGGACACAGCAAAUGCCACAAUUUGGCUGCCACCCCGCAGCGAUCCAUGCUCAGCAGCCCUUUGCCCCUGCAAUGUAUCAGACGCCGCCACAGUCUUCUUCCAACUUCAUGCCACAGCCGCCGUUAGCGAGCCCAAUGAUGCAGUCGCAGAGUCCGCAAUUGCCAACUAA